CCCAUUUUUUCCAUUACACCCCAAACAAAAUCAAUCUCUCCCUCAUUCACAGACGCACGCAGUCUCAUCUCACCCACCUCCCAAAUCUCAUUUCAUCAUCUUCUUCCUCAUCGACCCAAAACCCUUCCCUCUCUCUCUCGCUCUCUCAAUUUCGAUCGCUGUUCAUCGGUUCCCAAUUCUUCCCUCAGAUUCAAUUCCGAAACCGAUUAUCAUUUCGAUCUAUUUACUGUUCGCGGUUUCAAUUUCGCAUCGAUUUACGCUUUAUCUAGUUUUUUUGUAUCCGAUUGUUGAUUGAUAUUGAUUUCUCGCAAUCGGUCAUGAAAGUAGGAAGCAUUGUUGUUGGAUGAAUUUCGGAGAGUAUGAAAAUGCCUGGAUUAGCCACAUCACCGUCGUCCUGCUCACUUUCUGCCAAUGGGUUUUGGGCUAAGAAUUCUGACUAUGUUAGCUACAAUCAGCUUGAGAAGUUCUGGAGUGAGUUGCCACCGCAAGCUCGGCAAGAACUGUUGAGGAUAGACAAGCAAUCCCUUUUUGAGCAAGCUCGUAAAAAUAUGUACUGCUCCAGGUGCAAUGGAUUGCUUCUUGAAGGUUUUUUGCAGAUUGUUAUGUAUGGGAAAUCUUUGCAGCAGGAAGGGGUGGGUUCUCACUCUCCUUGCAACGCACCUGGAGGUUCUAAAAAACAAAACAAUGGUGGAUCUAGCAUUAUGAAAGGGUGUGAAGAUGGAGUUCAAGAUCCAUCUGCCCAUCCUUGGGGAGGUUUGACCAUAGCCCGUGAUGGUUCAUUGACACUUGUAAACUGCUACUUGUUUUCAAAGUCUUUGAAAGGACUACAAAUUGUAUUUGACGGGGCACGUGCAAGGGAGCGAGAACGAGAACUACUUUAUCCUGAUGCUUGUGGUGGGGCAGGCCGUGGUUGGAUAAGCCAAGGAAUUGUGAGUUAUGGCAGAGGACAUGGGACAAGAGAAUCUUGUGCCCUGCACACUGCCAGACUUUCAUGUGAUACAUUGGUGGAUUUUUGGUCAGCACUGGGAGAGGAGACCCGCCUAUCUCUUCUAAGGAUGAAGGAAGAAGAUUUUAUCGAGAGACUUAUGUACAGGUUUGAUAGCAAGAGAUUUUGCAGAGAUUGUAGAAGAAAUGUUAUUAGAGAAUUCAAGGAACUAAAAGAACUGAAGCGCAUGCGUAGAGAACCUCGUUGCAGCAGCUGGUUUUGUGUUGCUGACUCAGCCUUCCAGUACGAGGUAUCUGAUGACUCAAUUCAAGCCGAUUGGCGUCAGACAUUUGCUGAUACGUCGGGAGUUUACCAUCACUUUGAGUGGGCUGUGGGGACAUCUGAAGGAAAAGCUGACAUUUUGGAAUUUGAAAAUGUUGGUUUGAAUGGAUGUGUUAAAGCCAGUGGCCUGGACCUUGGUGAUUUGAAUGCAUGUUUCAUCACCCUCCGAGCUUGGAGAUUAGAUGGACGCUGUAGUGAACUUUGUGUUAAAGCUCAUUCAUUGAAAGGUCAACAGUGUGUACAUUGCAGAUUAAUUGUAGGAGAUGGUUACGUCACAAUCACAAAAGGGGAAAGUAUCAGUAGAUUCUUUGAGCAUGCUGAAGAGGCAGAGGAGGAAGAGGAUGAUGAUUCAGUUGACAAGGAUGCAAAUGAGAUUGAUGGAGAAUGUACUCGUCCCCAAAAGCAUGCAAAAAGCCCUGAACUUGCUCGUGAAUUUCUGCUGGAUGCUGCCACUGUUAUUUUCAAAGAACAGGUUGAAAAGGCUUUUAGAGAAGGAACAGCUCGCCAAAAUGCACACAGCAUUUUUGUUUGUCUUGCACUGAAACUGCUGGAGGAUCGGGUGCAUGUAGCAUGCAAAGAAAUUAUUACAUUAGAAAAGCAGGUAAAACUUCUUGAAGAAGAAGAAAAGGAAAAACGUGAGGAAGAAGAACGCAAGGAACGGAGAAGGACAAAGGAAAGGGAGAAAAAGCUUCGGAAGAAGGAAAGACUAAAAGGAAAGGAAAAAGACAAAGAAAAAAGGUGUUCCGAAUCAAAUGAUGUUCUUGAUUCUUCUGAAAUCUCGAAGGAGGAAAUGUCUGCAAUUGCUGAUAAGGAGCAAAAUAACCCUAUUAGCUGCAUAAAUUCAGAUGUUGAAACAGAUGGAGCUAAUAGACUGAGGGAUGAUUCUACUGACAUCCAUGAGAAAGAAUCCUCUAGCGAGUAUAAUUCGUUGAACACACAACAACACUCUUCUGAUGAUUGUGAUGAAGAAUAUGCCAAUACAAAAGAUGAGACAGAUCAGUCUACAGUUGAAGAAUCAAUGCUUUCUCAUAGAAAACCGAGAUGCAGGAAAGAAUAUCAACUGGAUAUGCCUAUGAAGUGGUCUGACAGACGCAGAUAUGCCAUUGUUUCAGAAAAUGGUGUGAAUGUGGGCAGAUCUGAUCCAAGACACUUUGGAGAGAGUUUUGUGACAUCAUCCAGGGUAAUCAACGGAGUGAACCGGCAAUCUCGGGUAAAUGUUCCAAAUAAACCCAAUGGUCGAAAUGUUGGUCCCAAGUAUAGUGAGAAGUUCUACAGUUCCAAGAACUGGAUGAGUGACAAAUCUGAUAUUCAUUCUUGCAGUUGUAGUCUGAGUAAUGAUUAUAGCAUAAAGGUUGAGCAACAUUCUCCCAUGACUAGAGUUAGUCGAGAGACAAAACCUGCCAGUGAGUCUGAUUCUACAGGAGAUGCAUCUAAGCAGUUUUAUCGUGGUUCUAAGUAUAAUCAAGCAGACUAUAUACAUGAAAGUAGUGGAAGAUCCAAAAGCAAAAUCAUCACGGGGAACUAUCCUGGCAGGGAUUUAUAUCAACCAAAGAAAGUUUGGGAGCCUACGGAUUCUCUAAAGAAAUAUCCCCGUAGUAAUUCAGACUCUGAUGUUUUGAAGUCCACUGAAGUCCAAGGUGCUCCGUCUGAUCUGAUCAAGUCAUCUAUUGGGGAAGCUGUUUAUUCAGGUAAAAAUGAUUAUGGGGAUUGUAAUUCCAAGCAAUUAAGUGGAAUGGAUGAAGGCUGUCAAAAUGAUUUUCAUGAGGAAGCUGAAGGUUCUUGUAGCUCUACAGAAAUUACAUCUGAGGAACAUGGAAUAUCCUCAAGUGGAGGCCCUGCCUUGAAUAAUUCUUCUGAUCCUGCUCCAAGUAGCAGUUGUAGUUCGGAUAACUACUCAUCAUGUCUAAGUGAGGGUGAUAAUAAUACAAACUCAUCAAAGCGCGGAAAUCCAGAAUCCUCAACCACAUCAGAUUCAGAAGAUGUUAGCCAACAAUAUGAAGUUAAAGAUAAUUCAGCUUGUGUGGAAAAUGUCUUGUCUGAUUGUCAUAAAGUUGCUGUGGAGAAUAACCAGAAUGCAAAUGGUGAAGGUUUGGCAAGAAGUUCAAGUUCAUUGAUUUCUCCAUCCUUGGAUGUUACAAGAAGUGAUACAUUGAGGAAUGUUGUUGAAGUUGGCCAAAAUUAUGAUAAUGGUUUUUCCACCACUAAUGUGUGUUCUCAACCUCAAAGCAUGCUUCCACCGCUGUCAAACCAACAUAUUCAAUUUCCAGUGUAUCAAGCUCCUUCAACAAUGGGCUAUUUCCAUCAACAUCCAGUUUCAUGGACAGCAGCUCCCCCAAAUGGAUUGAUGUCCUUCCCGCACCCAAAUCACUAUUUAUAUGCUGGCCCUCUUGGAUAUGAGGACCCCCGCUUCUGCUUGCACUAUGGUGCCUUACAGCAACCUGCGCCCUUAUUUACCCCUGCUGUUCCAGUUUAUCAGCCAGUUCCCAGAGCUAAUGUCUUAAAUGCAGAGGAAUGGACUCGAGCAUCCAAGAUUCCUUCAUUGCAACAGCAUCAUACUGGAUCUAUUGCAGAGAGUACUGUACCGGCCGGAACAAAUGCCAAAAUUCCAGCAUUCAAUGGAGAAGUUAAACGUGAUAGUUCUGCCAUGUCACAGGAGAACAACAGUGACUUUUCCUUGUUUCAUUUUGGGGGGCCUGUAGCCCUUUCAACAGGUUGUAAAUCGACUCUUGCAUCUUCGAAUGGUGGCACUAUUGGCGAUUUCAGGACAAAAAGUUCAGAAGAUCAUGUCGAAAGUGUCCAUACUUGCAAUAAGAAAGAGACUACCACCAUGGAGGAAUACAACUUGUUUGCAGCAAGUAAUAACUUAAGGCUUUCAUUUUCUGAAAUGAUAAAGUGAGAAGCAUAAGGUGGCUGUCGUUGAAUCCAGUCCCUAUCUUCAUACAUAGUAAUGGAGGUUUGAUACAUGGUUUUUCGGUAAACAAUAAGUUUCCUUUCAGAACUUCCAAUUUUAUCCUAUAGCUUGAUUAGUUAAUUGUUGAACAUUUUGUCUAUUUUUUCUUUCUUUGUUGUAGAGAAAGAUUACGAGUGUUGGUAUUUUGAAGUUUUUUUCUGUGAGGAUAUAAUUACCCCAAAUUUACAGUGAAACUUUGUUUUCUUCGCAA